AUGCAGGACGCAUCAUUCCCGUUCCCGGCCGCCAUGGGCCCGUGGGCGCCACCGCAAGUACCGUGGCCACAACCACCGCAAUUACCGUGGCCACAACCACCGCAAGCACUGUGGCCACAACCACCGUGGCCACAACCACCGCAAGCACCAUGGCCACAACAACCGCAAGCACUGUGGCCCUAUCAGAUGCCGCUGCCUGGAUUGCCUGGACCCGUCGUAGCGUACCAGCCCCCCGUGCCGCAACUGCAGCCACUGCAGAAUGCGCCGGCCCAUUACCAAGCCAACCCAGCACAAGCGCCAGCAGCAGUACGAGUACCAGCCCAAGGACCGCCGCCUCAGCCACUGUCGCAACUGCAGCCAGCACCGGUCCAAGCGCCAGCACCGGUCCAAGCGCCAGCACCAGUUCCACGAGGACCAGCCCAAGCACCAGUGCUGCAAGACCCGGCUAUACAGCCCGUAGUACAAGCCGUUCAGCGCCAAGUCCCGGUACAAGCUGCUGUUCCGGUCCAAGGCCCGCAGCAUCAGGUUGCGGUCCAGAACCAAGGCCCGCAGCAUCACGUUCCGGAACAGUCCCAGGGUGGCCGGCAACCUGUCCAAUUGCCAUGGACGAUGCCUCCACCGGGGUAUGGGCGAACAUACGCCCAGGUCCUGGCAGGACAGUCGCUGCAAAGAACGCGAUCAAUCAGUCGGCAGCGCUAUGACCGUCAACAACAGCCGCGGCAACAAGUUCAGCAACACCAACACCAACAGCAACAAUCACGCCAGCAACAGCAGCAGCCAACCCCACGCCAACUCAACCAACAGCAACAGGUACAAACCCAACAGCAGCAACAGCAAUCCCAACUCCAACAGCAUCAACCACGCCAACUCAACCAACAACAACAGGAUCAAACCCAACAACAGCAACAGCAACCCCAACUCAACCAACAGCAACAACCACGCCAACUCAACCAACAGCAACAGGAUCAAACCCAACAACAGCAACAGCAACCCCAACUCAACCAACAGCAACAACCACGCCAACUCAACCAACAGCAACAGGAUCAAACCCAACAACAGCAACAGCAACCCCAACUCAACCAACAGCAACAACCACGCCAACUCAACCAACAGCAACAGGAUCAAACCCAACAACAGCAACAGCCACCCCAACUCAAACAGAAACAGGUACAAACCCAAUCUCAGCAACCGCAACAACCCGAUCAACAGCAACCAUCGACUUCGGGAACUUCAACUCCAAUCUUGGACAACAAAACCCCGACAAAACCCAAGACGCCUAAAACACCAAAAAAAUAAUAAAACUUCCCGACGAUUCCAUCUCGCAACAUGAAAGUGAAUAAAAAACAUUUCCUGUGAACUCAAUAUUAUUUAUUUAUUUUAUUAUAAUCAUAAAACUCUCAGAGAACCUAGGAUUGAACACGGAUUAAGAUUAAUAUAGCACUUCGGCAACUUCGACUAUCAACUUAUGAUUGCAAGAACUCCACAGAAACUGUUUAGAAACUAUUUAUUACUUCGAAUUUUUAUUAACGAAUUUAUUAAUUACGAAUUAAUUAAGGAAUGCCGUCGAAAAUUCAAACCGAAAAUAGCCUCUUAGACAAUAAUACAAGCUUGAUAUUUCUAAAGCUUAUCGUUAUAAAUAAUCACCAAGAUAAACGCUAGAAUUACGAUUUGUUAAAAAAAUAGUUAAAUAAAUA